AUGCAUCGGCUGCCUGGUUUCAGCACCCCGGACGGGGCCGCUCCCCAGGCUCCGCGCCGCCUCCCCGCAGGGCCGGGCCGGGCGCCGAGUCCCCGGCGGCGGCUCCGCUUUGUCUCCCAGCCGGCCGGGCUCCCAGCGGACACUCACCCGGUCACGCGCCGUCCCCGCCUCCCGGGCGCCCAAGGGGGCCGGGCCCGCAGGGCUCCUCAGCGGCCCCGGUGCAGCCGCCGCCGCCUCCUACCCGGCUCCGGCCUCCGCAGCAGCAGCAGCGCCGGGGACAUGGUCCCUUUAAACCCCCCCCCGCCUCGGGGGCCCAGCCAGUCCCGCUGCUGCCGCUGCCUGCGCCGCUUCGGCCGCUCCCCCGCCCCUCUUCCCGCGGCGGCGCCAGAGCGCGUCACUGAGCGCGCGACAGCGCAGCCGCCGCCAUCUUGGAAGAGGCAGGGAGGGCAAGUCCCUGGGCCGAGGCCGGGCCUCUCGCGCCCCGCAGCCGCCAUGUUAGGAGAGGCAAAGGAGUCAUUCGCCAAAAGCAUGGCUUCCCUCCGCGCGGCACUGCUGGAUUACGUCACCCGCAGUAUGACCGUCAGGGCCCCCACCAUCUUGGGAGACACAAGCCAAACUGACCCGGGUAAGCCACGCCCCAUUGUCGUGGCGCAAGCGAUUUGCGUCACCGAGCAGCGACGCCUGUUCUCUACCGCCAUCUUAGAAGAGGCAAGGGAGGCAAAGACAAGUCCCAGGAUUUCGUUCAUCCUCGCGGGGCGGGGUUUCUUCCCCCCUGAGGGGAUAACAGGCUUGAGGUACACCACAAUCUGCGCCACUACCACCAACACCACUGAAGGUCAGCCUAAAAGGAGGGCAGAUGACACCAAGGAGAAUACUGCCAUUUCUUGCUAAGACACAAUUCUGCUGAUAAAAGAAACACUCCUCCAGCCUGACAAUGUGAAGUGUCAGAAACCCCAAACAGGAACCAGGUAAUGGAGCUGUAGUGGUGGUCAUGUGAUCAAAAACCCACUGAUGUUCAGAUAGAAUUAUUAUCAACAGGUGUGCAAUACGAUUCAUAGACUCCCAGGCCAAAUGGGACCAUUAUGAUCAGCUUGUCAGACCUCCAGUAGAACAUGGAAGUUCCCCAAAACAAUUCCUACAGCAUAGUUCUUUUAAAAGUGUUCAAUUUUGAUUUCAAAAUUGUUAGCGAUGACCCUUGGAAAAUUGUCCUAGUGGACCCUCACUGUUAAAAAUGUACACCUUAUUUUCAGUCUGAAUUGAUCUAACUUUAACUUCUAGCCCUUGGAUUGUGUUAUUUCUUUCUCUGCUAUAUUGAAGAGCCCAUUAUUAAAUAGUGAUUCCUCCUAUAGAUACUUAAG